GCAGCGCCCCUCCCGUCGGCCCGUCCGCCGCCACUCCCCGCCGAACCUCCCGGCUCCGGAUCCUGUAGGGGAGGCCAAGGCCGAGCCGACCACCGAGGAAGGAAUCGAGGCGGCGGCGCCCUUCCGCGCUCGGUCCCUGACCUGAAGCGAGGAGGACCGCAAGGCAGCGGUAUGGCCGUGAAUUUUGCGCCCUUCUCCAUUGCUCAAGAUUUCGUGUGCCGCGGUCUCCGGCAUGACCGGGAGCAUGAGUACUCCCGAGUUCCUGCAUAUGCCCAAGCGCCACUCCACUGAUUUCGGAGCACUUAAUGGCUAGUACAUGCUUGUAUGGUGGACGAUGGAUUGAACAUGGGGUGGAGUGGUGGAGUAACUGGAUGUACCGGAUAGUGACGCUUCUCAGCUUAGCGUCACAUCUUAUCCUUGCCGUCUUCGCUGACAUCCGCCGGCGCAAACGCAGAGGUUUGAGGAGAGGGUUGGUGUGGGUGGCAUACCAGCUGACUGACUUGGCCCCGGCAUAUGUCAUGAGCAACCUGUACAUCGAAACCUCACGGCGCGAGAAGAUGAUCUUCGCAUUUUGGGUCCCGUUCCUGUUGCUACACAACGCUCGCCCUGAUAGCAUCAGCGCCUACAGCAUGGAGGACAGUGGGCUCGUAAGCUUAGUUGCUCUGUUUCAGACCUUGGGAUCCAUCUAUCUUAUGUACAGGUAUAUACUUGUGGACUGUAUUUUUACCGGGUCGUUGCUCUGGGCGUCCUGCAUCAUGAUGUUCUUGUGCAUUUUCAAGUAUGCCGAGAGUGCGGUGGCGCUACGGCGAGCUGACUUGAGCAACAUCUGGAGUUCAUUCAAGCAGCGGCAGCAGCACCCAAGUAGCUUUGGUGAAGAUUAUGGUGGACACUGGGAGCCGGAGCCAGAUGAUGAGAAAGUCCUGCUGGUUGCUCACGACCUGUUCGAUAUUUGCAAGGGUGCCUUUUGUGAUUAUCUGGUGGACCUGGAUCGUCAUAAAACUGGCAUAAGCUUGUUCAAAAGUGCUGAUUGGAAAAUUAUGUGCAAAGUGGUGCAGAUGGAACUCUCACUCAUGUAUGACAUCCUCUACACCAAGGCAGCCGUGGUCCACACCUGGGGUGGCUACGCCAUCCGUAUGCUCUCACCGCCCCUCACCGCCAUCGCGCUCCUGCUGUUUGGCCUCCACCACAAAGAGGGCAUGCCGACAGAAGAUGAAGCUAUCAGUUAUGUGUUGCUGAGUUUGACCCUCCUCCUCGACGUGAAAUGGCUGUUCAGAACACUAGCAUCAGCAUGGACACGUUCAUUCCUCAAACGUAUGCCAAACAUUUGGUUGAAGCAUGAAUUCCGGGAGAGCUGGGAGAAGCUCCGUCGGUUUGUCGUGUCACCGCGUCUUUCCCGGGUUUCCUUGUGCUUGAGGACGUGUGAAUCUGCCGAGGAGCCCAAAAGCUACAGGAGGUGGGCGGGUUCCUUGGGGCAGCGUAACUUCUUGAACAGCUGCACUCAGGGACCAUUUAACACCCUAUACAGAAACUUGUUGGACAACUGCACUCGGGGAGGGGGCACCCUAUACAGCAGCUCUUCUGUUCUCCGAGAGCUAUCCAUCAAAGCUUCUGUUUUGCUUGGCCGAUAUAGAAGAUCUGUCACACGGUCCCCUCCUCCCGCCGAGCAGGCUGAUCGCUUGGGGCCUGGCACAUCCGAGCAACAACCUGAUCAUCCUCCUGAAUUUCAAGAGGAUGUCUUCAUCUGGCACAUCGCCACAGAUGUUUACCUCAGGUGCAACACCCAAGUCACAGCCACAGUUACGCAGCGAUUCCCACACCAUAAGAAGGCGAUCGAGAUGAUAUCGGAUUACAUGAUGUUCCUCGACAUCGGAAAACAUGACAUGCUACCAGGCCGUAAGUUCCACAGCGUGAUCGAAACAGCCUGCCGUAUUAUUGGAAUGGCGGCCAAGCCGCAAUAUAGGGCCAGCAGUUCUAAAACAAAAGGGGAUGAGCUUGCCAAGUGGAUGCUGACGAACAAGGAUAAUCUCAAGACGCUAGGUGCUACUGGUGAAGGAACUGGAGGAAUAAAUAAGGGUCAUCUCGCGGACAGAGCUCGUAUUUGUCUCUCAGAAGGAACUCAAAUUGCCCAUGAGCUGCAUCAUCGGAGGACAGCUACCGAAGAAGGUGGACUUGUUGCCAUUAGAAGACACGCACACUGGAUUCCAAAUAUGCUGCAUCCUCCUGGUCCUGGCUCUGGGCAUAUUGAAAGAACGUUGGAGUUCAUCUUGGAUGUGUGGGUGAACAUGCUCGACGAUGCGUCCCUCCGGUGCAGCAGGGAGUCCCAUGCCAAACAACUAAGCCGUGGUGGUGAGCUAAUAACAAUCAUAUGGGUCGCUACACAACACGCAGAUGCUGAUUGUAUCAAAUCGAGGUUCUGUGCGUCUUUCUUUUGAGAAGUACCCUAGCUAUCUCUUCCUCUGCAAUAAAUUUCUUGUGAUGCCUCUCAUUUCACUAGCUAAUCCGUAUUCUAUGUUGGGUUUCUAGCUGUACCCGUGUAUUCUCUGGUUUGGUCGUUCUUUUCUUGAUAAACUUGCUCUGUAUUUGUAUU